AGAGAGAGCUUUAUAAACAAGACUUGCCUCAGCCUUACCUGCUCAAGGUGAGGGGUCAAUGAAACACUAAGAAAGAAAAGGAAGAAAAGCUUCAUGGAAAUAAAAGAAAAGAAAGAAAAGCUAAAAAGCUCUUAAAGCUUAAAAGAAAGUUUUUUGCAGAAAGCAAGAGCUUUUUUAUUUAUUUAUUUUCCUCUCUCUCUCUCUCUCUCUCUCUCUCUCUAUCCAUUUUCUCUCUAAAGCUGAAAAACCCACUAUUCCAAUUUAACCAGGUGUACAGGUAGGGAUUGAUUUUGUGUGUGUGUUUAUUUUUCCUUAUAAUCUUCCCCCACUAAAACACAAAAAAAAAGAAAAAAAAUCUCUCUCUCUCCUUCUCUCUCAAAUAAAACCCAUGCUGGACAAUAACACUGCUUCUUCUGCUGCUCCAUCUUCUUCUGAUGCUUUUGCUUCUUUAGAAAAUGGGGUCACAAAUAACAAAAGGAAAAGAAGACCAGCAGGCACUCCAGAUCCAGAUGCAGAAGUUGUGUCUCUAUCUCCAAAAACCUUAUUGGAAUCGGAUAGAUAUGUAUGUGAGAUCUGCAACCAAGGGUUUCAAAGAGACCAGAACCUUCAGAUGCAUAGGAGAAGACACAAAGUUCCAUGGAAAUUGUUGAAAAGGGAAAACCAAGAGGUGAAGAAGAGGGUGUUUGUUUGCCCGGAACCAAGCUGUUUGCACCAUGACCCAUGUCAUGCUCUUGGAGAUCUUGUUGGGAUAAAAAAGCAUUUCAGGAGGAAACAUAGCAAUCAUAAACAGUGGGUUUGUGACAAAUGCUCUAAAGGCUAUGCUGUUCAAUCUGAUUACAAAGCUCAUCUCAAAACCUGUGGCACCAGAGGACAUUCCUGUGACUGUGGCCGUGUAUUUUCCAGAGUAGAGAGUUUCAUAGAGCACCAAGACACUUGCACCAUCCGGCAAGUCCGUCCUGAAUUACAAGCUCUUCAACCGGCUUGCUCGUCUCGAACGGCUUCGAGUACGAGCCCUUCAAGUGACGCCAAUUUCACCAUCCAAACUCCAUUGCCAGGGCUUCCAAUGUCGAAUAAACCGACUACGGCUGAGCCCGUGUUUCUUUGCUCGUCGGAGAGGAAUAGUAAUAGUAAUUGUCAACCUUCUUCUUCCAAUCAUCUUCAGCAACAACAACAACAGCACAUUCUCGAGCUACAGCUACUUCCGUCCUCAGAUAACCUUCUGAAAAACUCGGGAGAUAAUAAAAAUAAUAUUAAUAAUUACGCCACGCAUUUGAAGCUCUCGAUCGGCUCUUCUUGCGAAGAGGAAGAAAAAAAUGAAAAACACCAACCAACAACCGAUCACAAAGGAAACACUACCAUUACUGAAGUUUCCAAGUUGCAAGAGUUUGCUAACGAAGAGCUGAAGCUGGCUAUGGCAGAGAAAGCAUACGCGGAAGAAGCUAGACGCGACGCCAAGCGGCAUAUAGAGAUGGCGAAGCUUGAAUUUGCAAAUGCUAAGAGAAUCAGACAGCAAGCUCAGGCUGAACUAGAAAAGGCUCAGCUCCUGAAAGAGCAAGCUUCGAAGAAGAUAAGCUCUACCAUUUUGCAGAUCACUUGCCAAGCUUGCAAGCAACAGUUUCAAACUUCGACGACGGCGGCGGCGACGGCGGCGACGACGCCGGCAUUGGCUAUGGUGGUUGGUGGUGUUUCUGAUGAGACUUCUUUGGCUAUGAGCUACAUGUCAUCAGCUACUACAGAAGGUGAAGAUAUAUAAUACGACGUCGUUGUGAUAAUUUAUCAUCCCCAUGAGAGAUAUAAUCAUACAACCACGUUUACUUUUUUAAACCCAUAGUUAUUAUUAUUAUUUUUUUUUGAUAACCCUAUUUAAGGGAAAAAAAAAAAAAAAAAAGCUCAUAAUUAAUCUGUUUGUUUUUUUUGUUACUGUUUUGUCAGUUUUCUUUUUGUUGUAUUGAGUAGGUCCUUAUUUUAUUGCCCCAUAGCUAUGGGGGUGUUG